GUACUGCUCAGCGUAUGUGCAUUAACUGUGUGCUCUGUGACGGCUCGUUUUUUAUUUUAAAUAUUCAAUAAAUCUCAGCAAACCGGCUUUAAUCCGCAUUAUUUCUGCUGCUUCGCUUUAUUAAAUAUCAAGAGUCUGUAUAGCUGCAGGUCCAUUGAAACCAGUGACCCGGACAGGAGGAGAAUGUUCUCUGGUCCAUGAUGGGCGGCAGCGGAUCUAAAGGAAGAGGUUACUGGCCGUUCUCUGGUUCUGGUGGUGGAGAUGAACCUGCUACUGACGGGCAGGAGCAGAGCCUGGCGAGGGUCCGAAGCAUCAGAAACGCGACCCCUUUCGUGUUAACUAGAAGGAGCUCUUUGUACUACGAUGAGGACGGCGAUCUCGCCCACGAGUUCUACGAGGAAACGGUAGUGACGAAAAACGGCAGAAGGAAAGCCAAACUAAAACGAAUCCACAAGAAUCUCAUACCUCAGGGAAUCAUCAAGUUGGAUCACCCUUGCAUCCACGUCGAUUUUCCGGUCGUCAUCUGUGAGGUUUGACACCGUCGGAUGUCAUUGAUCCUGCAAAAAUUCCGUCCUCCUCCAAUUUCCUUCCAACUGCUGAAUCCUGGACACGCUUGCUGUGUAGCGUCCCCUUGUGGCAGGGAGGGCUCGAUGCGUGUUGUGUGGAAUCUCAGCCGACAGACCGUGAGAUACUCCGGCUGUCUGCCCGUGAAGAGGCCACGGAUGUCCUGACUCUAUUUGAUUUUCUUGUAACCCGCCACAUGUACGACUAUUACGGGCUGUUCGGCCGAGACACAGAUAUGGUUUCUGUAUGAGUGUAUGCUUGUUUGUUUGAAUUGAUAUAUACGGUCAUAGAAGUAGAGAAUAUAGGAGCACAUCAUGAAAGGACCCAGGAAGAGAAACAAAUGUGAACUUUGAAACUUUUUGGAUUUUGAUGUGGCUGAGAAAGUUCUUUAUAGAUUUUGUAAGCUCUUCUAGAAGCCCCAGGAAAGAUCAGUUUAUAUAUGAAUGCUUUAAUGGACAGGCAUUGUUGAUGCUUUACAGGUUGCCGGGAUGCUGUUCCUAUAGAUAACGCAUUUAGGUUUAGUACAUAUAAACGUACGGCCUGAAAUUUUGCAUGUAGUUCCUACAAUCAGAUUUUUCAGCCAUUAGAAGAAAAUCAAAAGCUGUUUACUAUGCUGUGAUUUGUUGUGUGCUGACAGGAUGAUGGAAUCGCUGCUGCUCCUUGAUUGGAUGGUCGGGGAGCUGAUCGACACAGUGGUGCCAAUCACUGCGAGAAGCCCCGGCCCUCACUGUAAUGGGAGUUUUUAUUUAUUAUAGCUGAAAUAGACAGAUGGCAUUAAAGAAAAUAUCACUUUGAAAUGCA